CGCCGGUUACAUUCGGAUUUAGAGUCGAGUCACAGCUUCGGGGACAGUCAGCCUUGCCUUGAUCAGCGUUUCCUUUGCCUUGUACCACCACCUCUACUACCAUAGUCAGCACCACGAUGUCACAAGCAAUGAAGGAGGUCCUGCUUGUUGGAUUUGGCGCUGUUGGGGCGAUAUAUUCUCUCAUCCUGCAAAACUCGGGCAAGGUCAAUCUGACUGUGGUUGCGCGAAGCAACUAUGAGGCUAUUAAGAAUGAGGGCUUGCAUUUCAAGAGCGAGAAAUUCGGUCAUAUACCGGGCUGGAGGCCCCAUCGCCUAUUGAACUCCAUGGAAGCCGCCACCGAUAGGGCGUACUCCUACGUCUUCGUUGCCUCAAAAUGCGUUCCCGAAGUGGUUCCGAACUCCAAGCUCGUCGCGCCGCUCCUCGCCGAGGCCUACACCAGCCGCUUCGCGCAGCCGACCUACGUGCUCUUGCAGAAUGGCUGGAACUUUGAGCGCGAGCUGUAUGAGCAGCUGAAGGCUCUUGGCCAAGGCGAACCGCGACUCGCGAGCGCGGCGUUGUAUAUCAUGACGAACUUGAUUGGGGCGAACGUGAUCGAGCAUAGUGCGCUGGAGCGCCUCGUUCUUGGGAUGUAUCGCUAUGAGGACUACACGACGACGGUGAACAGUCCCGAAGAGCAGGCAGUGCUGAACGACCUCGAAGCUAUUUUGACCGCUGGCGGAGGCACUGUCGAGCUCGUGACAGAGAUACAACGCCGCAAGUUCGUCAAGAACAUGCUGAACGUUACAUUCGCUGGAUACUCGUGCUUGACAAGAUACCCUCUUAUGUCGAUGUUCCGCCCACCUCCAUCAGAUCCUUCGCACCAAUAUACGACAUACGUACAUCCAUCGACGGUUGAUCGCAUAGAAGAUUUAACCAUACCCGCGAUGUUGGCACUCUUGAACGAGCUAAUGGACUUCGCUCGCGUCAUGGGACUCACGGAAGGCGCCGACGGAAUACCAGCCAACACGGCAGAAGAGACGAUGAAGCUAGUCAGGGUCAAUCACAACACCCCCUCGGCUACCCAUAAGCUAAGCACCUUGCUGGAUGUCGAGAAGGGGUACCCAAUCGAGGUCGAGGUGAUUUGGGGCGAACUCAUCCGGACGGCGAGGGCUCGUAAGAUUGACAUGCCGCGUACGGAGACUGUGUAUUCCAUGCUGCUUGUCGUGCAGAAUCAGAUCCUUCGCGAGAGAUCUAUGGAGUGAAGAUCUCAUAUCCGCUGGCGAAUCUGGGCGCAGGAAUAUUGAUUCAUUCCAUACCUCUGAAAUAGAUGUGCCAUGGCCAGCUAUAUGGUCGUUUUGUCUGCAGUCAGACCCACGCCGCGGCUGCCGAUCAUAUUGAG